UCUGAUCUCUCAAUUCAAUGCACAUCCCAAUUUAUAGUCUUUUUGAAAGCGGAGUUCUACAGGGGACUAAAACACGACAUCCAAAGCUCACAUGGGACCUUCAUUCACCUUCAUCCACCUUCAUUCAUCACUGCACCGGACCUUCAUCCACCUUCAUCCAACAUUCCACCGGACCUCCAUCCACCUUCAUCCAACAUUUCACCGGACCUUCAUCCGCCUUCAUCCACCUUCAUUCAACAUUGCACCGGACCUUCAUCCGCCAUUCAGCCGGACCUUCAUCCAUCUUCAUCCAAACUACUGCGGACAUUCAGCUUCCAUCUUGGCGAAUUUUUGUUGAGCUCACUUUGUGUCACGUUGACUGCACAGAAUUACCGAUCAG